CCCGAUGUGAGAGCACCUAGUUGGAGAUAUUUUUCGAGGAGAGAGGGUUCUGUUGGCUGGCGGGGAGUUGGAGAAGCUCGAGCCGUCGACGUCCUGAAUUUCUACGUGCGAUCCCGUGCAAAACUGGAAACGAACAACAAAACCCCCCCUCAACGACAUCAUCGGCUCCAUUGUUGGCUCUCUCGCCCAUAAUACUGCCCUCUCCCUCUUCUUUCCUCCGGCGCCCUCCUCAUUCCCACACUAUACUUGCAUUCUUGCCCACAGAUUUCACAAUGCAGGCUAUCGCAAGGCAAACACGGCCCGCGGGCAAGCUCGUCCAGCAGCUGUCCAAGAGAGCCUACAGCUCCAACUCGUCCCCCUAUGCGGCGACCAUCAACAACCUGAAAAUCAACGGCGACACCAAGGUUCUCUUCCAGGGAUUCACGGGCAAGCAGGGAACUUUCCACGCCCAGCAGGCCAUCGAAUAUGGCACCAAUGUUGUUGGCGGCACCAACCCCAAGAAGGCUGGCCAAACACAUCUUGAUCGCCCUGUCUUCUCCAAUGUGAGCGAGGCCGUCAAGGAGACCGGUGCUACUGCCACCGCCAUCUUCGUCCCCCCCCCUCUCGCCGCUGCCGGUAUCGAGGAGGCCCUCCAGGCCGAGAUCCCCCUCGCCGUGUGCAUUACCGAAGGCAUUCCCCAGCAUGACAUGGUUCGAAUCACCUCUAUGCUCAAGACUCAGUCCAAGACCCGUCUCGUCGGUCCCAACUGCCCUGGCAUCAUCGCCCCCGGUCAGUGCAAGAUCGGCAUCAUGCCCGGUUUCAUCCACAAGCGCGGCCGUAUCGGCAUUGUCAGCAGAUCCGGCACCCUCACUUACGAGGCCGUCAACCAGACCACCCAGGCCGGCCUCGGUCAGUCUCUCGUCGUCGGUAUCGGCGGUGACCCCUUCAGCGGUACCAACUUCAUCGACUGCCUCAAGGUCUUCCUCGAGGACGGCGAUACCGACGGUAUCAUCAUGAUCGGUGAGAUUGGUGGUUCCGCCGAGGAGGAGGCUGCCGACUUCCUCAAGGAGUACAACACCAAGAACGGCGGCAAGCCCGUCGUCUCCUUCAUCGCCGGUAUCUCCGCUCCCCCCGGCCGUCGCAUGGGUCACGCCGGUGCCAUCGUCGCUGGCGGCAAGGGUGGUGCCGACUCCAAGAUCAAGGCCCUCGAGGCCGCCGGUGUUGUUGUCGAGCGCUCGCCCGCCAGCCUCGGUAAGGCUCUCCGUGAUGAGUUCGUCAGACGCGAUUUGCUUUAAGAAAAGUUUGAAGGGGUUCAAUUUAUAAUCUUUCGAACAUUUCCUUUUGUCUUCUUUGAGGCGGACAUAUGAAUAGUCGCAGCAGCCAGCCAACCAACCAAACAACCAAAACAUCUUGUCCAUGUCUCCUGUCUCUGCGCACGGGUAGUCUUGUAUUUCUGGUUCGGCUUAUCUGCCGACCUGAUCGGGGCCGAAGGCACAGUCAGAAGGAAG